CAAACUUUCUCCAGGAAGACUGCAAGAAGGCUCUGGCGUUUAAAUGGUUAAUCUCUGCAGGUCACUACCAGCCACCGAGACCAACCAAGUCAGUGAGUGCUCUAACCACAGUCCAUGCAGGAAUAGUAGGUCCUUCAAAUAUUUGCUCACUCCGUUUUGUUUUGUUUCCUUGCUUUUCACAUGCUACCAGCUACAUAAUUUCUUGACAGAAAAAAAUAAAUAUAAAGUCUAUGUACUCCAGGCAUACUGUACAACUAAAACAGGGACUGGGUAUGGUUUGUAUUUUCAGUUUAAGGCUGCAAGCAGUAUUUACAACAGAGGGCACAAGAUCUAUCUGGAAAAAAAAGGAGGGACUAUGGCGUCAAACAGCCUCUUCAGCGCAGUGACACCGUGUCAGCAAAGCUUCUUUUGGGAUCCGAGCACCAGCCGGCGCUUCAGCCCCCCCUCCAGCAGCCUGCAGCCCGGCAAGAUGAGCGACGUGAGCCCGGUGGUGGCUGCGCAGCAGCAGCAACAGCAGCAACAGCAACAGCAGCAACAGCAACAACAGCAGCAGCAGCAACAGCAGCAACAGCAGCAGGAGGCGGCCUCAGCAGCGGCGGCGGCGGCGGCGGCGGCAGCAGCGGCGGCGGCGGCAGUGCCCCGGUUGAGGCCGCCGCACGACAACCGCACCAUGGUGGAGAUCAUCGCGGACCACCCGGCCGAACUGGUCCGCACCGACAGUCCCAACUUCCUGUGCUCCGUGCUGCCCUCACACUGGAGGUGCAACAAGACCCUGCCUGUAGCCUUCAAGGUUGUAGCCCUCGGAGAGGUACCAGAUGGGACUGUGGUUACCGUCAUGGCCGGGAACGAUGAGAACUACUCCGCCGAGCUCCGAAAUGCCUCUGCUGUUAUGAAAAACCAAGUAGCCAGGUUCAACGACCUGAGAUUUGUGGGCCGGAGCGGACGAGGCAAGAGUUUCACCUUGACCAUAACAGUCUUCACAAAUCCUCCCCAAGUGGCCACUUACCACAGAGCUAUUAAAGUGACAGUGGACGGUCCCAGGGAACCAAGAAGGCACAGACAGAAGCUUGAUGACUCUAAACCUAGUUUGUUCUCUGACCGCCUCAGUGAUUUAGGGCGCAUUCCUCAUCCCAGUAUGAGAGUAGGUGUCCCGCCUCAGAACCCACGGCCCUCCCUGAACUCUGCACCAAGUCCUUUUAAUCCACAAGGACAGAGUCAGAUCACAGAUCCCAGGCAGGCCCAAUCUUCCCCACCGUGGUCCUAUGACCAGUCUUACCCCUCCUAUCUGAGCCAGAUGACAUCCCCAUCCAUCCACUCCACCACGCCGCUGUCUUCCACACGGGGCACCGGGCUCCCUGCCAUCACCGACGUGCCCAGGCGUAUUUCAGAUGAUGACACUGCCACCUCUGACUUCUGCCUCUGGCCUUCCUCUCUCAGUAAGAAGAGCCAGGCAGGUGCUUCAGAACUGGGCCCUUUUUCAGACCCCAGGCAGUUCCCAAGCAUUUCAUCCCUCACUGAGAGCCGCUUCUCCAACCCACGAAUGCACUACCCAGCCACCUUUACUUACACCCCGCCAGUCACGUCAGGCAUGUCCCUCGGCAUGUCCGCCACCACUCACUACCACACGUACCUGCCACCACCCUACCCCGGCUCUUCCCAAAGCCAGAGCGGACCCUUCCAGACCAGCAGCACUCCAUAUCUCUACUAUGGCACUUCGUCAGCAUCCUAUCAGUUCCCAAUGGUACCCGGGGGAGACCGCUCUCCCUCCAGGAUGGUCCCACCAUGCACCACCACCUCGAAUGGCAGCACGCUAUUAAAUCCAAAUUUGCCUAACCAGAAUGAUGGCGUUGACGCUGACGGAAGCCACAGCAGUUCCCCAACUGUUUUGAAUUCUAGCGGCAGAAUGGAUGAGUCUGUUUGGCGGCCAUAUUGAAAUUGGUCAACCAUGGCCCAGUGGCAUGCAGGGGCUACAUCCUGCAUGUGUUAAUAUAUACAUAUAUAAAGAGAGUGCCUAUAUAUGUAUAUUGAUUAGCUAUCUAGAAGAUUUCUCAUUCACUCCCUAGUCAUGAUCUUGUAACCCUAAGAGGGUGGGGGGCAGUCAUAACUGGGUUUCACAUUGUUUACUAUUUAAGAUGUCCCCUUUACCAAGGAACAAACUGUCAGAGGUGUUGUCUGGUCCAUUUUCGUAAGUGACCUGCUCCCAUGCCAGUUCAGAGGGGUGGACCCUGGGCCCAGGAGGAAGGAGAGCUGCUUCCUCCCUGUGCUUUGAAACCACAGGCCUCUGCUGUGCCGGUGCACUCUGCAG